GCUAGACUAUAAUAUUGUAAGUAAUUCUUUCGCUAGGUACAACGUAGGUAUGUGAAUUCGUGGAUUUCAAGAAGGUGUCAUUCAUGAGACAAGGUGAAAUGGCGGCGAUUGGAAUCGACAUCGGAACGACAUUCUUAUGCGUUGGUGUUUGUGUAAACGGAAAGGUACAGAUAAUCCCAAAUGAACACGAAGCAAGGUUAACGUCUGCAUACAUUGCAUUCACGGACGAAGAACGACUGUUUGGUGAAGCAGCCAGACAUCAAGCACCAGUGAAUCUGAAGAAUACAUUGCACAGCAUAAAGCGAUUGAUUGGUCGAUCUGCAGCUAACAGACAUGUGAGACAACAUCUUAAAUAUGUGGGAUACGACGUUAAUGCUGAUCAAAAUGAAAAUUGCCAAAUACCGAUUACCAGCUACAAAAAUCGCAAGAGAUUGUAUCCGGAACAAGUUACUGCAAUGAUGAUCGGAAAAAUGAAGAAAAUUGCGGAAGAUCAUCUUGAAGUGAAAGUCACAAAAGCAGUUUUAUCCGUUCCUGCGGGCUUCACCGAUUUUCAACGACAAUCUACUAUGAACGCUGGAAGAAUGGCAGGUUUCGAAGAAGUUUGUUUAAUGAACGAACCAACUGCAGCAGCUCUCGCUUUUGCGCAUGAUAAAAAGUCAAAAACCAGCAAAACCAUUUUGAUAUUUGAUUUCGGAGGGGGAAAAUUAGAAAUCAGUCUCUUCAGAAUAGAUGGUAAGAAUGUCGAAGUGAUUCAUCAUUUUGGAGACGAUGAAUUGGGAGGUGAAGACUUUGAUAACAAAUUGGUGCAGAAUGUUUUUGACGAUUUUCGCCGGAAAGGAAUCGAUUUAUCUGAGAACAAGAAGAUCCUACAUAGACUGAGGAUCGCUUGUGAAAAAGCGAAGAAAAAUUUCUCGUCAACUGUUCGUACCAGAAUACAAGUUGACAAUCUCCAUAAUAACGAACCAUUUGAAUCUGUCAUAACGAUUGAACAAUUUGAAACCAUAACAGCAGAUUUAUUUGAAAGAGUUGAAAAUAUUGUCAACAAAACAAUAAAUUUCAUCAAAGAACAUCAUUAUCAGGUUGACGAAAUCGUCCUGAUCGGUGGAUCUUCACGCAUUCCAAAAGUACGAAGAAUUCUUCAAGACUGUUUCAACGGAAAAGACUUGAACAGAACAAUCAAUCCUGACGAAGCUGUUGCUUAUGGUGCCGCAGUUCAAGCAGCAAUUCUGUUUAAUGAUAAAGAGAUGGAAGAGUUUAAAAUAUUAAACGACAGUGAUUUUUCUGCAGUCACACCGAGUGAUGCAAUAAAUGAACAGAUUCGAGAAGUUGAAGAAUUUGACAAACGCGAUGAAAUUUUGAGACAGGAAAGCGAAGCGAGAAACAAUCUUGAGAAGUAUGCUUACAGAAUCAAGAAAAUGGCCAAUACGCCCAAAUACAAAGAAGACAAACAAAGAAUAUGCGCUGAGUGUGAUCGUGUCUUGAAUUGGCUUGGAGGCGAUGAGCGGCGAAGUAAAAAAGAUUCGGAAGAACAACUAAAGAACUUGAAAAUAUUUUUCGACUCGAUAACGAAUGGAAAUCAACCAUAUCAGCCUGUGGUCAAGGCACGUAAAGUGGAACAAAACCAGAACACAAACGAGAAAAUAAGGAAUUUUCAAGAGUAUAUUCAAUCUGUCCAAGACUACAGAGUAUUUCAGAAAUAUGAAAAAUAUCUUGCAUCUGAUGAAGAAAGAGACAUCAAAAAUAAAUGUUUCGAUAUGAGCCAAUUUCUCAACGAAAUUUCAGAAAAUUUCAACAUUAAGCAAGUACAGUCAAAAAGACUCGGAUUUGAAGACUUUGUUAAUGGCAUACUACACAGACUACAACACAGAGCUCAGCUUGCAGACCAGGAGCGAGAUGAAGCUAUUCGUAGUUUUCAGAACUAUAUUCGUUCAGUUGAAACUCACCAAAUAUUUGGAGACUAUGCUUCAUUGCUGACAUCUGGUGAACAGAAUGAAGUUAACAAAAGAUGCCAGGAAUUGGGGCAGAUGCUCAAUGAAAACCAGAAAAACCUCGAUAUUGGAACAAUUGAUGCCGAAAGACGAAGACUUGAAGAUUUUAUUGAAAGUCUUAUAGAAAGUUUGGAACAUAAAUACCAGGAAGAGAAAAGAAAGAAAAAACAAGAGUUACGUGGCGCGAUUCAAAAUUUCCGUGAUGACAUUCGUUCUGUCAAACAACAUGAAAUAUUCAAGCAUUAUCAAAGAUUUUUGAAAUCAGAAGACCAAAACAAAAUUCAUAGGAAUUGUGCCGCAGUAGAGAGAUUUCUCAACGACAAUACGGAAAACCUCGAACAAAUACGCAAACAACACUCAAAGUUCAAACGUUUUGUUGAAAGUAUGUCAAAUAGGCUGGAAAACCAAGCUCAGGAAGAGAACAGUAGGCAAGCAAAGGAGCUACAUGACGCAAUUCAGAGUUUUCGUGAUUACGUUGAUUCUGUCCAACAACAUGAAGUAUUGAAGCAGUAUGAAACCGUCAUGACACGUGAAGAUCAAAACGAAAUUCGUGGAAAUUGUGCUGCAGCAGAGAAAUUUCUUGAUGAGAAUCCGGAAAAUCUCAAACAAACACGCGAACAACACUCAAACUUCCAAAGUUUUGUUGAAAGUAUGUUGAAAAAGCUGAAAAACCAAGCUCAGGAAGAGAAAAGCAAGAAGGAACAAGAGCUACAUUACGCAAUUCAAAGUUUUCGUGAUUACAUUCGUUCUGUCCAACAACAUGAAGUAUUUAGGCAGCAAGAAAAGUUUAUAACAUGUGAAGAUCAGAACGAAAUUGGUGGAAAAUGUUCUGCAGCAGAGAAAUUUCUGGAUGGCAAUCCGGAAAACCUCGAACAAAUUCACAAACAACACUCAGAGUGCAAACGUUUUGUUGAAAGUAUAUCAAAUAGACUGCUGGAAAACCAAGCUCAGGAAGAGAAAAGAAAGCAAGAACAAGAGCUACGUGUUGCAAUUCAAAGUUUUCGUGAUUAUAUUCGUUCUGUCCAACAACACGAAGUAUUCAAGCAGUAUGAAAGGUUUAUGACACCAGAAGACCACAACAAAAUUCGUGAAAAAUGUUCUGCAACAGAGAAAUUCUUUGAGUACGAUCCGAAAAAUCUCAACCUCAAACAAAUACACGAAAAACAUACAAAAUUGGAACAGUUUGUUGCAAGAAUAUUGAACAAGCUGCGCCAAGAUCAGGACGCAUAUCUAAAACAGAAAAGGGAAAAAGAGAAGGAGCAAAAUGAAGCCAUUCGAAAAUUUCAAGAAUAUAUUCCUUCAGUUGAAAUGCAUACUGAAUUCGGAGAUUAUCAAAAGUUUUUGACGCCUGAUGACAAAGAUGAUAUAAAAGAAGAAUGUAUUAGAUUGAAGAAAUUUCUUAGUGCGAAUCCUGAAAAGCUCGCACUUAAUCAAAUACAAGAAGAACAUUCAAAAUUCAUAAAGUUUGUUGAAAGUAUAAUAAAAAGGCUGCACCAAGCUCAGGCCCAUCACCUUGAAAAGCAAAGGACGAGAGAAAAUGAGAGAGACGAAGCGAUUAGGAAUUUUCAGAAGUUUAUUCAAUCAGUUUAUGCAUUGGAAGAGUUUGCUGGAUACAGGAAAAUUUUGUCGUCUGAUGACAAAAAAGAAAUUGAUGAUGAGUGUAUCGAAAUGGACACAUUUUUGAGCACAAAUCCGGAGACUCUCGAUAUCCAACAAAUACAAGACAAGAGAGAUGAAUUUGCUGAUUUUGUGAAAAGUCUGAAGGACAGUCUAAAACAAAAAUAUAAGGCCUAUAAGGAAAGGCAACAAGAAAAACAAAACGAACUAAACAAGGCAAUCAAGAAUUUUCAGCAGUAUAUCCAAUCAGUUCAAAAUCUUGAACCAUUUGCUGAAUAUGAUAAGUUUUUGUCGUCUGAUGACAAAAAGGAUGUCGAUGAUAAGUGUUUGAGAAUGAACAAAUUUUUGAGCACAAAUCGGGAAAGCCUUGACAUCAACCAAGUGAAAGAAAAUAGAUUAAAAUUUGAAAAUUUUGUUGCAAGUAUGUUGAAAUCUCUAAAGCAAAAAUCUCAGCUCGUGGACAUUGUGACAAAAAAGAAAAGAGAAAAAGAACAGAAGAAAAACGAGGUUAUUCAAAAUUUCCAGCAAUAUAUUCGAUCAGUCGAAUCACACGCGGAAUUCAAAGCGUAUACCAAGUUCCUAACUUCUGAUGACAAAACAGAAAUCAAUGCGAAAUGCCUUACAAUGAAGGAAAUACUCACCAACAACGAGGAAAAGCUCAGCGUCGAACAAAUUCAGGAUGUAAAAAUAGAAUUUGAAGAUUUUGUGACUGAUAUAGUAAAGAAACUUAAAGAUAGAGACGAGGAGGAUCAAAAACAAAAGCUGGAAGAAGCAAUCCAGAAUUUCCAGUCGCACAUUCAGUCCGUUAAAGAUCUCAAAGAAUUCGCUCAAUAUGAAACAUAUCAAACGUCUACUGAUAUAAGUGAAAUCAAUGCCAAAUGUAUAUCAGCGCAAUCAUUCAUCAACGAGAAUAUUGGAAACCUUUAUAUCAAACAAAUCGAAGACAAAAGAGCAGAAUUCGAAAGUUUUAUCCAAAGUAUCGUGACAAAACUGCAGAGCAAAGCUCAGAUGGCCGCACAUAAAAUAAAAGAAGAGGAAAGAAAACAGUGGGAUGAAGCACACAGAAACCUUCGCAAAAUGUUAGAUUCAGUUCGUACGCAAAUAACGAACAGACAUCUCGGCGAAGCCUUUUCUCAAUACAUCGAAAACAUGAAACGUACUUGUAACCAAGUCGAAGAUUGGCUUCAAAGGAGUCAAAAAACCAUCACUGUAGAAGAACUAGAAUCAAAAGUUAUUGAAGUGGAGGCGACUCUUAAAAACCUUUGGAGUGGAUUAAAACAAAAGAUACAGGCCAUUGAAGCAGAAAAGGAAGAGCAAGCAAAAGAAGAAAGAAAGCUGACCGAGGCUCGUGAUAAUCUCAUGGGGUAUCUAGAUUCAAUUCGUCAGAUGUGUGAAUCAGAACAAAUUGCUGGAACUGAAUAUGAAAAUACACUGAACGCUUUAUGCAAUGAAACUAAAGAAUGGCUCCAAUCUGAAGCUACUUCAGUAGAAUCGAUUCAAUCCAUGCAAGAGAAGUUGCAAGAUACUGUUGGAGAAAUCAAACAAAAUAUAAGAAAAAUGAAACAAGAAAAGGAAGCAGAAGCGAUUCUUCGACAGAAAGCAUUCGACGAUCUAUGUAAUUACAUCGACGAAGUUGAAACAAAGAUCGCAACUGAUGAGGAAAAUGACGAGUUUGCAAGACCGCAUAUCAAUAUGAUUACAAAAAGCUGCGAAAUAGUAUUGGAGUGGGUUAAGAAGCAAUAUAAUCAAAUUACCUCCGAAACCAUUAUAUCAGAGCAGCGUAAUUUACGAACUACAAUUGAGGAUACUUAUGACCAAAUGCAAGCAAGCAAAAAGGAGGCAGAAGAAAUAUUUCGACAGCAAGCCCGAACUGCUGUAGACGUUUACAUUGAUGAUGUUUGUAAAAUUCUGGAAGCUGAAAGAGGAACUGACAAUACAAUUGUCCAGUGCAUUGAUACAAUAUUCAAGCAUUGCACGAAUGUAUUCAAAUGGAUUAAUGAAAAUUACCAUCAAAUCACUGGCGAAAGAAUUUUAUUAGAGUUUGAUAACUUACAGAAAAAAGUCAAUGAUAUUUUUUAUUCGUUACAGGCAAGAAAAAUAGAGGUCGAAGCUGAGCGUGAACAACAGCGAGUAGAAGCGAUUAGAAAACGCGCUGGAGUAAUCAACAAUCUCCGAGCAUACAUUUCUGAUGCCAGGUCGCAGGUUGUAUUCAAACAGUUCAGGAACAGAUUGACUGAAGGAGAUUUGGGGUUAAUAUUUGGCCAAUGUGACAUUGCAGAAAGACACAUCGAGGAAAAUUCAGAUACGAACCAACUAGAAGUCCAAUACUCAGAUCUGUGUAAUCUAAUUGAACAUGUGUACAAAAAGUUGGAACGAAUUGACACGUUAGAAAAAGCUGAGUUGGCAAAGAGGCAAGCCGAAGAGCGAAGGAAGAAAGCUGAAAUGUCUCAAAAAUUAAAGAAUUACAUCGACCGUGUCCAAUGUUUUACUGUGUUUGAACCUCUUACGCAUAGAUUGACAAAAACUGAUGAAACCAACAUUCAACAUGAAUGCAUCAAAGCAAAUCGGUUCUUAAUAGCGGAAAAUUUGACUUCCAUUGAAAUUGAAAGAAAGCGUAAGGAACUAGAGGGAUGGGUUCAAAGUAUUUACAAAAAGUUAAAAACGAAAGAAGAGAUAGCAAAUAAAUGCAAGUAUGAUCAACUAAAAUGGAACAAAGCAGAGGAAAGUUUAUCUAGAUGUAUAAAAACUUGGAAACAUUUUGUAACUCGAAAUAUAGGAAAAGAUAAAAUGACUGAUGAAUACUUGGAAAAAAUAUUCCAAAAAUGCUCUGAUGCUGAAAAAUGGCUCAUGAUUCCCUACCAAAAGAUGUCAUUGAGACAACUUAGAGAUGAAUGUAAGAACUUAGAAACGGCGGUUUCAGAUAUCUUGAAAAGUCUGAAAGCUGACAAACAGAAACGUAAUCAAGAUAUAAUCAAAGCAGUCGAGGAAUGUCGAAUGUUUAUCAGUCGUGUGAGAUCUUUUGACGUUUUGGGUGAACAGAAAAACGAACUUACAUCAGACGAUAUAAAGUCGAUAAUGAAAAAAUGUGAUGAAUUACAGGAGUGGCUAAGCUCGUACCCCAACAAGGACGAGAUAAGGAAACAAAAAACAGAAUUAGAAGAAUUCAUGGACAGAAUAAGAGACCGAAUAAAAGAAAAUCAACAAGCCGCUGAGGAAAAGAAGAAAGCCCGAUUUGAAAUGAAAAAUCCACAUGAAAUGUUAGAGGACAUAGAAAGCUAUGUUGAGGAAGCUGAAACAUUUGUUAAAUCCAAUGAGUGCAGGGCAGCACUGUUAUUCAAGGAUAAGGAAUGUAUACUCACCAUAUGUCGAGCGGCAAAACGACGUGUCAACUCGUAUUGGCUAUAUUCACUUGAAGAGUUAAGAAGCAUAUACGAUGAAUUAAAAAGUGCGGUGGCAAAGGCUCGCAAUAAUAUUCCUGGGGAAAACAAGAGAAGGAGUCGCGAGUCGGACAAAAGAAGACGCGAUGAAGCAGAAAUAAGACUUCGUGAUUAUAUAGCAUAUAUACGAAGUCGUAUUUCAGUGAUCAAACUUGAGAAAAAUAAACAAAAACUUAUAAGAAUGUGCGGAGAAACAGAGAAAUUUCUGCAAAAAAGAAGAGUAAUCUAACGUCUCAAGAAAUAGGAAAUAUUGAAACAAAACUGAGAAAGAAUUUUGAGUUGAUUUACUAUGGAUCAGAAUUUGAGAACGAGGAAGAAGGUAUUGAAUAUGGAAUUCAUGAAAGUACUUUCACGUUAUCAGAGAAUUACAAAGAUAAGAUCCGUCGUCAACAAAGCUGGAUUUGUAAAAAACAAGAACCAAAGAAACCCAACCAAGAAUACAGACAAGGUACUCCGACCAAAUGGUUUCCUGAGCUUCGCAAUGUAACGGCAGAGAUACGGGCAAGCAUAAAGCUAAUGCAGCCGAAAAUGACAGAUUCCGAAAAAAAUAAGUUGCAAAAACUUUGCAAAGACACAGAUGCGUGGUGUGAAAAUAAUCCAUAUGCGAAGAAGCGUGAAGUUGACUUGGAACGCAAAAAAAUAGAGGAGUUGUGGAACAAUACACUUCAGAAAGUAGAGACAAGAGA